AUGGGUAAUGAUGGCGGAAGUAUUCCAACUCGUCGGGAGCUUGUCAAAGAAGCCGCCAAAGCCCCCAGCGCAUCGCAACUAAAAGAAGCCCAGCGUGAACAACUUGAGCAUUUCUGGACAACUUGUCCGCUGUCGCAUAAAGAACUUCUUCCACCAAUAGUAUCAGAUUCAGUCGGAAAUUUAUAUAACAAGGACACUAUUCUCCGUUUUCUGCUUCCCGGAGAUGAGGUUGAAGGAAUAAGCUCCAAGGCGGACUGCGAGGAGAUCUUGUGUGGGAGGGUGAAGGGUCUCCGUGAUAUCGUUGAGGUUAAGUUUGAGGUUGACGAUGUUGCUGUAGACGCCGAAGGAAAAAAGAAGAAGCGGUUUAUCUGCCCCGUUACUAAUAAAGAGCUUGGCCCCAGCGUAAGGUCUGUGUAUCUUGUGCCGUGUGGCCAUGCCUUCUCCGAAGAAGCUAUCCGUGAAAUGAAAUCGGACAAAUGCUUACAGUGCACCGAAUGCUACCAGGAGGAAAACGUCAUUCCCAUACUUCCUACAAAAGAGGCCGAAAAGGAACGUCUCAAAUCGCGUAUGCAAAAGUUGGCUGGUGAAGGCCUCACCCAUUCACUGAAAAAGGCGCCGGGUUCCAAAAAGCGGAAGAAAAAUGGAUCUGAUCCCACUGUCGCCAAAGGCGAGGCCGUUAUUGAUGGUACAAAAACAAAGGAUUCGUCCACUCCUGGUAGCGGACCUAUUAGCAGAACCUCCACCCCCAUCCCAUCGACAGUCAGUGGAAUCAAAAAUGCUGCUACCGCAAUGUUGACAAACCGCGUUUUGGAAGAAGAGAAUGAACGCAAAAAACGGAGAAAACAGAUGGGAAAUAGCGAGGCAUUGCAGAGCCUUUUCACAUCAAGCUCGAAGAAUCAGCAAUCGAAGGACGGCGACUUUAUGACCAGAGGCUUUACUAUUCCGUCUGGAGCUAGGAGAUGA